AGCACUUUGGCAGGAGUGGAAGCUAUUCAUUUCAAUAUUUCAUUGCCCAUGCCCCACGAACCCAAUCACUCACCCAUCAUUGGACCCCAUUAAUAAAUAAACAAACAAACCGCAAGGCUGCCUCGUUUUUGUUGUAUUUCUUCUCCCCUCUUCUUGUUCUUGCAGUUGUUGGUGUCCUCGGAGCUAAAAAAAAGCCCCCCCGCCUUUUGGCUCAUUGUCAGACUUUGCCACCUGCUCCAAGAAAGCUUCUUGGAGAUGGUGCGCGCCGAGAAGCUCGCCGGCGAUGGCUGCUCCGGCGGCGAAGGCCAAGUGGAGGUGGAGGUCGGCAUGGGGAUGGACGGGAAGGGGGUCACAGAGUGCCGGAUAUGCCAGGAGGAGGGGAAGGAGGCCGCUAUGGACUCACCCUGCGCCUGCACUGGCGCUAUGGACUACCAUGUCGUCGUCCCUGCUGAGACUGAGAUGGUGUGGUCUGCUUCUGUUUUGAGUGUCGUGUGCUUGCUUCUGUUUGAUUUUGAUCGCAAGACUCCUUUUUCUUCUUUCGUUCAGGCGACUCUUCAGUUCACCGGAUUCUUUCUGCCUUGCUAUGUAAUAGCUCGCUCUUGCUACGCUUUGCAGCACCGGAAACGAAGACAGCUGUAAGAGACUGACGUUUAUUUACUACUGGAACCCUGUGCUGCUUCUUGCAAGGGGAGUCUCAAGUACAUGCGCAGUGGUCUGUCUAUCCUACAGAGGGGACAGUCCUAACUUGUUGUGCUGCCUAUCUCUACGUACAGGUAUAGGGGUGAGGGAUUAACCUGAACCUUGAAGGCGAGCGAAGAGAGAGGAUGCAUCGCGAAGUGAGCUUCCCGUUGUUGCUUGGAGUCGCCGCAAAACAUUAGGUGAUUGAGCUGCCUCAAAUGUACAUACACAAGAGAGGAGAAUAGGGGACCUUUUUAUUAUUAUUUUUACAGCUGGAAAGGAAGGGAAAUGUAGACCUCACACAUUUCUACUGCAAAUAAAAGAACAACCGCCCGUCGACCUCCCAAGUUCAUGUGCUCGAUUUGAGAUGGCUAGCUCGGGCGGCGGCGGCGGCUGCUGCUGCUGUGCAAGUGCGUAGAGAGGAGGGAGGUUUCUGAAUCGGACAAGACGUCGUCGAGUCACGGUUUUCAGUUGCUGCGUGUGUUGUUAUACUGCCAACGCCGCCGGUGUGUUGUUAUGCAUGCCACGUGGACGUGCUCGACGACCGACCACGGUAGGACUUCGCCGCCACCGCCGACGUUGCAUGCGAAGAAGCAGCUGGAGUGGGCCUGUCCCUGGGAGCUCGCGAAAAUACACGAGAGGUGAGAGCACCACCUUCACGCCUACAUGACAUUACUGCAAGAGCAAGGAUGAUUGGAAGCAGACAACAUAUAAAGGAUUAUAUGAAAUGAUUCGGUCAGACAGUUCUUA